UCCAUCUCCAUUAUGUCCUACAUUUCAGCCAAAAGAUCCUCAAAAUCUCUUUGUGUUCCUUUCUUCCAAUAUCAAAAACUCUGAUUACCGAAACCGACUCCAUUCAAACUUCAAAGAGAAACCUGUUGGGAAGUUACACAAACUGAUCCGAAUCAAUUUGUGUUCCUUUCUUCAAGUUCCAUUGGGGAAGUUACAUAAGAGAGUUUUUUGGGCAUUCAAAACAUCUUCACCAACAUUGGGAUGCUUAAAAAUCUAAAAGGUUGUCAGAAGGAGACUUAAGAAAACACUUGUUGAGAAAAGUAUAAUGAGAGAAAUUCGGAAAAAUUUUAAAAACGUGCAGCAUAGUGUUGAGCUUCUACAACAAAGCACUGUUGCUAGCAAGAGUGCUUUAAAUUUAGAUUUGGAAUAUGGAGGUGAUGAACCUAAUUUAGCUGGUGAUGAUUAUAUUGUGAGUAAUGAAUCUAUCUAUGAAAGUGAUGGUGCAGUACAUGUUUCUACAAAUGAUGAUCCUGUCCAAAAAGUGACUCAAAACGUACAACCGUUUGAUGCAUUUGUUGAUGUGGUCAUUCGAGAAUCUACAUUUAUGGAACCAGAUGACAUGGUAACACAUGAGAAAAAGUCACAACGACCUUCCCUUGAGAAUGAAGGUACGUCUGAUUUGAAUGUUGAGAAUGAAGUGCAAAAAUUUACUAUCCAAAUGCUGGCUAUGGAGAACGAAGCACUUCGAACGAUUUCAAGAAUAUUGGGGCAACCAAAGGGAGGAAGAUUUGAAAGAGAUUGAAGAAUAUGCCAUGAAACUUGUUGACAGGGACAACCAAAUUU